UUCCAAGGAGAGAGUAUACUGCAUCUUCACUCUCCUUCCUCUAUCUCUCAGUCGCUCCCUCGAAAUGAAGCUCUCUCCUUCCUUUGUAGCCUCUCUCGCAGGUGGCUUGUAUAUCAGCCAGGCCGCUGCGUCUCCUCUUUCUGGCCGCGCUGAUUACUCUGGCCUGCAUGCCUCCAGGCAGAACAGUAAUUUUAGCCUGCCCGCAGACGGUCUGAAGGCCAAGAACGGCGUGCCGUGGGGCUGGCUUCCAGACAGCGGCGCCGGAAACACGAUCAAAGAAAUCGAUGACAAGUUGGGCAAGUCCAAGGCCAGCACUUACGGAUGGUACGCGCAAAUCACGUCCUCCACCUUCAAGGGCGAGCAGCUGCUGUCGCAAAUGGACGACGUCGUGGACUCCGGCGCCGUCUUCAUUCCGGCCGUCAUGCCCUCCAUUGAUCUCUCGAAGAUCGACGAGAAGGUCGCGUCGCAGGUCGCAGAUGUGCUGAAGCAAUUCACGGACAAGGGCGUCGAGGUCUGGCUUCGCUUCGCCCAUGAGAUCAACUGGUACCUCACGGACGGCACGUACACGGGCGACGCCUCUUCCUACCAAACCGCCUGGGCCAACAUCGCCGCCGCCGUCUCCUCCAACGACAAGAUCAAGAUGUUCUGGUGCCCCAACGCCGCCGGCUCCAUGGACGACCUCGCGCCCUUUUGGCCCAAGGACCCCGACACCGUCGACCUCGUCGGCAUCGACAUCUACCCGAAGAAGCAGCAGACCUUUGAGGACGUCUACGGCGACUUCUACGACACCUAUGCGAAGGGGAAGGGUAAGGCGUUUGCAAUUGGGGAGACGGGCAAUGGCGCGGAGGAUGCGGGAUUGAAGGAGUACUGGUUCAAGCAAAUUGCGGAGGCGGAUACGAGCAAAUUCCCGGAUUUUGUGGCUACUUGUUGGUUUGAGUACGACAAGGAGCGCGACUUCCGUCUCGUCAUUGAUCAAUCCGAGGAAACGGUUGAGAUGACCAGGUCGGAGCUGGAGUAGAGCGCGAAGUGUACGCGUUCUUUCAUUCUUUAUCACCAUAUUUAUGCGCUUGUCCGAGAUAUCCGUUCACAUAUCCUUUGAACACUAUGAUAUUGCUUUGCGUGACCCUAUUCACGACCGUAUAAUCAGCCGAUGCAUAUGUGGCACCAACUCCUCCCAUGCGUCCAUGUCCACCUCCAUCCACUCUAGCACUCCAUCCUGCUCUCGCCGGAACGCCGCCUCGAUCCGCACCGGCGCAGUCGCUGCCAGCAGCCCGAACUUAGACUUGAGAUAGAGCGCAGCGUUCUGUGAGAGAUCUAUCAGGCUCAACAGAUUCCCAAGAUCGUGUCUAUAUCCUCGAACGCACCCUCCCACUCAUGCUCUCCAUGCGCUUCCUCCCGAGCGCAACGCGUCGCUCGCGGUGCUCGAUGACAAGCGGCCCUGUUAGU